UUUGUGGUGGUGUUGGUGGUAAUAAAUAUUUUGUAUCUUUCUAACAAAUUCCUUUUUUACCCAUUAGAUGGAUUUACUCAUUGGACAAAAACAGAUGCUGGGGAUGGAUGGAACAUUGAAAAUCAUCACUGUGUACUUACAGAAGCACCUUCAGAAAAAUGCUUUACAUCAUCAUACGGAUGGUGCUCUAAAAUACAAAUAGUUGAUCUUCUUGAGGAAGGCCUAUGGGAGGAAUUACUGGAUAUCCAUCAACCUGACAUCUGCAUUGCUGACUGGUAUUCUUGCCGACAUGACUGUGGAUGCGUUUAUGAAAUUAAGGUAAAUCUUUUGGCUGCAGAUAAGAAAACGGCAAUAGCAACAUUUAGAAAAAAACCUCCUCCCAUUCCUCAGUGGACUGUGCCCCAGUAUAUUAAGGUAUCUUGUGUUUUCCGGAACUAUGGACCAGGUGUGCGUUUUGUGAAGUUUUUUCAUAGAGGGAAGGACACUCAGUGGUGGGCUGGACAUUAUGGCUCUCGUAUUACAAACUCUACUGUCAUUGUCAGCCUGCAAAGGACUGAUCUGUUACCAGAUAUUGAAAUUAUUGAAAAAGGAUCAGCAGAGGAACCACAAAAGCAUGAUGAUGAUGAUGAUGAUGAUGAUGAUGAUGAUUAUCAAGUGGCACACCCAUUGAAUAACUACUGGAGCUCACUAGAAGAUGCUAGUGAAUCUAGUAGUGAGGAUUCAGAUGAUGAAUUUUAUACUGGAAAUUAUACAGAAGGAGAUUGUCGCUUGAGGAACACAGACUGGUGUACCUGCAGCAGCUGUGAAGCAAUGGACGAUAUUGCCAACUGUUACUGCUGUAAGGAAGUCAAAAAAAUCCUCCAUGUGAUGGAAGCUGAGACACCAACACCUGAUUGUAUUACAAAUCACCCUGGAUUUGAAGCCGUAUGCCUAAAUCAGUGGGUUUUGCACUGUGCAGCUAAUGGUGUUGGGUCAGAGGACUUGUGCUUGGAAGACCUAUCACUGCCAGAACGUUAUCGUUGUCUUUCUCAUGUGCAGUUUAAUCAGUGGUGCCAUCUGAGAAAGAAAAACAGAGUUCCACUGCCAUCAUGUGUUUUCCACAAGAUGCAGUCUGCAUUCCCGCUGCAAGAAGGAAAACUUCAUGAAUUUCCAUACAACUAACAUUGCAAGGAUCUUUGCACCCAUAGCACAGAAGCUCUGCAUCUACAAUAAAACCAACUAAUAGAAGUCCUGGCAUUUUAGGACAGGAAGCCAACUGACCUAUUUCCUUAGCAUAUAUUAAACUGCUGCAAAGUUUGUUGGGGAAAGUAUCAAUGGCCUUCUUGAACUAUAUACAUUUUGCAUUUACUGCGGUAUUUAAAUUUAAGCUAUGAUGCACUCUUGUGUUAAGUAAGAUAUGCAAUUUAAGGAUGAUUUUGAAAAUUUCCAAUUUGUAAGUUGAUAACCUACAUUGCUUGCUAAUAUAAAUUGAAAGAGGAGUGUAAAAUGAUGUUGGUUAAUUAAGCAAUAACCGACGAUGUGGUGUGGUAUAUUGAAGACUUACCCAUGGUUGGUGUGGUUUAGUCACGAGGGCAAAACCCGAGUGAUUAAAGCCAACUGUGGGUAAAUCUUCAAUAUACUACAACCACGGAGUCGGUUAUUGCUAUUAUACAGUGACAUUAUUUAAGAAAAAAAAUACUUUUGUUAAAUAAUGUCUUUGUAUAACAGGGCAUUACUGCUCUGCUGGUUGUGGUAUACUGCUUCCUUGUGUUGAUGUACUGCGCAUGCGUAUGGGACUUGCAUUCCCACGCAUACCCAGUACAUCAAUGCUUUAAAAUCGAAGCAACGGAGAAAAAGUCUCUGUUGCUCCGUUUUUUUUUUUUUUUUUUUUUUUUUUAUUAGUAUAUUGUGGGAUUUACAACGGGGACGCUAGUCAAUCAGCGUGCACGUUUUGGAAUAUUAAUGGGGGAGGGGUGUCAUUGUAUAAUUAGUUUUGUUUGUAAGUGUAAAGUCCAAAGGUGAGUAAUAAGUUGAAACUGACAAUCCAAGAUAUUAAAUGGCUACAUUGUGAAUGAAGCACUAUAUUCUGUACAACUUUUUCAUAUGAAUUGUAGAAAUAAACAUACUUUUGUAUUAACUAUAAUAAAAGUCAUUUAAACAAUGUCAGUUUAUGCAUUUACAGAUAUUUCACAUAGUUUGAACUUUUAAAGUAAAAUAAAAUAUUGUUUAAGGAAAGAAAA